CGUCUCUCGAGGCGUCUCUCGAGUGCGAUCGUAACGGUCUCUCUCCCGCGAUCCCUCGGCGAUCACCAGGACUCACGAGCCUCGUGUACGCGCGACAUCUCGUCGCCCGGCACCUCCACGGAGAAGUCCCGCGUGUAUAUACGUAGAAGGGAGAACCGCCCGGAAUUCUCUGCCCGGGAUCGGUGCAUGACGACGCCGGCGGCUCGCGGACACCCGAAACCGCUCUCGUUGCGUAUCGCCCCGUUUUCACCGCUCUCCGGCCCCGAGACGGACUGAGGAAGCGCGGAUAACUCCGGGUGACUCCGAGAAGCCGCACAACAGACCCGGCGACUCAUCGUCAUCAUCGUCGUCACUGUCAUCGCGCAUCAUCUUGUUCAACCAGCUCGAAUGGGAAGAUGAUAAGAUAUCGACAUGAAUGAUUCAUUGAAGACCGUCGCGAUGGAGACGACGUAUCCCGAGGAGAACUGCUUGAAGGUGUCCCCGCCAAUGCAGAACGUGGCGCGGCAAGACUCGGGCGUACCGGAAGACCUCGCCUCGCCGAUUAACGAUGAGACGCGACCCCUCAACGAGGAGGAUCCGGACCUCACGAUGAACAGCGAGUGCAACAUCACGGUGAUCCACAUCACCGAGUCACAAAACGGCAAGACUAGCGAGAAGUCGCUGAGCGAGAAUAAAGAUAGCAAGGAUGGCAGCGACAGCGGAGUCGAAGGCUGCGCGACGGAAGUACCGAGAGUACGCAGGAACAGCGCCGACUACGGAAGCAGCUGCGGCGGGCUGGACGAGGCCUCCUGCGACUCGAGCCUCGUCAGUUGCUGUUCCGUGUACGAGGACCCGUGCGCCACGCUGCCAGACGACGUGCGGCUCGGCGGGACCGGCGGCGAGGGCACCAGCGAGGGCGGCAGCGAGAGCUCCUCCAUCGCCGGCAGCGUGUCCGUGCGGACGAGUCGCAUGAACGUGAAGAGGGCGGCGGCGACUUCCGGCGCGGCUAAGAAGAAGACGGCCGGCGUCGAGUCGCAGAAGACCGUCCGCGCGAAACAGACGACGGCCGCGUGCCCGAGCGGCGCAAGCCUCGGCGCCGCGACGCCCCGCUCGAAGUCGCGGACCGCCACGCCGCGGAACAUCCUUACCAAGACGCAGAGCCAGAGCGGCGUCAGCAACGGCGGCAGCAGGGAACGCGGGAGCGAGCGGGCGCGCUCGAGGGAGAAGUCGAGCGCGAGAGAAUCGAGUUCCUCCCUGAUCACCGAGGUCGCUAAAACCCCGAUCAGCGGCCGCGCCGUGCCGGCGUACGGCUGCCGUUCCAAUCCGACGUCGUCCGCCUCGUCCUUCACGAGGACGAGGACGAGAGCGUUGCCGGACUCGUUGCCGUCCGUGCUCACCACGGAAAUCAAUAAGGACCUCGCUCAGCGCAGCGGCGUGGGCGCGAGAGCGGUCGCCAGGAGCGACUCGAGGUCGAGGGGCGCGUCCGGCACGCGGGGAUCGCGCACACCAGUCUCCACGCCGUCCGAGGACGCGAGGUCGAAGAUACCGUCCCUCUCGACCGCUCGCGCUCUCUACGGCAUGCGCGCUGCCGACGCGAAGCCGACCUCGCGCGUGGAUCUGAAGAUCGCCGCCGGUCAGCAACAGGACAACAAGGCGUUGGACACGUACGCGACGUUACCGCGCCGGAACAGGAACAAGCUCACGGUCUCGAAGGGCGAGAAGGCGCCGGCCGACGGUAACAGCAGCAAGCUGACGAGAAGCAGACCCGGCAGUCGCGACGCCAGUCUCAGCAGAGCCACGGAGAAGAGGACCGGCGUCAAAGACUUAGCCUCCGGACACAAGAGCCUGCCGCCGUAUCCCAGGCACAAGACCUCCGAGAGGAUCCGUAUCUACCACGAGACGAGCGCGCAGACCGGCCUGACCGGGCGUGACAUCGAGAACGCGAUGUCCGGACAGCCGAGCGCGGUGGCCGGGCCCGAGGUGAUCGAGAGGCUGCACAAAGGCUGCCAGACGGAGGACGCGUGGGACGACAUGCGGGAGAGUCUGAGACGUUCGAGCGAGGAGAGCGACGCGCGGAAGCGGGAGAACGAGAAGCUGAAGCUCGAGUUGACCGAGGUGAAUCGUCUCCUGGAAGAGGAACGGGCGGACCAUGCGUUCGCAAGGCAGGAGCUCGACAGGAACGCCCAGCGAGUCCUGGCUAUGCUGGGCACGCCGCAAUCGGAACACGCAGACGGCAGCGACAGUUUCCUCGAGCUGGAGUGUCACAUACAGUCCUCAGGACAAGUGGUCGCCAAUCAGCAAAUCGAGAUAGCCGAUUUACAAUCGCUCUGCCGUAUGUUGAACAGGGACUUGGACAAGAGCUUGGCCGCGCAGAAGGCCUUGCUGCAACAGCAGCAGGAAUUGGAAGCCGAGUCCGCGGAAAUGCAGGAUUUCCUUCAAGAAGAGAAGGCCACUUUGGCGGACGCGCUAAAAGACGCCGAGAUGGAGCUCAAGAAGAAGGAAGAGACCCUGGUGCAACGAGAGGCGGAAUUGGAAAGGCAAACGGAGGAGUGCAAGCAUUUAGUGCGAAUCAGCGAGCAGAGGAGACAAGAGAAUCUGUCGAUGAGCAUGAAACUGAACGCCGUCGAACGAAGAAGCAGAGAGCUUCUGCUCACCCAAGGCGCUGCUAUGUCCGGCGCAGCUGUCGCCCUCUCUGGACUCGGCACCAGAUUGGAGGGACUGGUGGAUCAGUUAAUCGCUUCUUACAACAUUUCGGUAAAAGAUCUCGAGGACGUCAUAUAUCAUAAUGAAGCGUACAGCAGAAGUAACAGUAGCGUCGAAUCUAGUCCCGUCAGCUCUAAGCAGAGUCUGAAGGAAUGCACGCCGAGUCCGAAGAGCGGAUCCUUCGUUUCCGCGGUGAUCGGCGCGAUUCGAAACGCCGCGACGCACCCUUUCGCGGCCAGAAGCAUCGACAAGAAGUCCAAUCUGGACUCGUCGAAACAGAUUUACAAAGAGCUAAGCAUGGAAUCGUCGUCCGACUUGUUGGAUUUCGAGACCGAGCCCUGCCUGAUGAUGGAGAGCGUCUUGGAGGACGUGCCCUUGCCCGACACAUACUCGCACAACAUGGUGUCGAGCAGCGAUUCCCUGCGCAGAGCGUUAAGCUAUCCCGAAACGGUGGACGAGCACAGCAUGAGGAAGUUGAAAGUCAGCGACGAAUGCAGCAGCCUCACGAAUCUCACCCAGGCGAUCUUGCAUCGUCGCAAGGUCGAGGACGAGGGUGACGAUGACUGCGACUCCAUCAGCGAGUCCGACACCGGCACCAACGAUGGCCCCGUGCCUAUGACGGAUUACUGCCCGCCCGUGGGUCUCGUCGAUCAAGUGAUCGACGUGGAUAAUCUCGUCACGAAGCUCUUAAAGGUGCUACGAAUCAUACAGCUGGAUAACGACACGUGUAUACAGGAAUUGAAGGAGGAAAGGUCCGCCUUGGAGUCGAAGUUAGAAGCGAGCAUGACGGAAUUGGACGAGCUGCGCAAGAUAAUCGACAACCUCCACCAGUCGUCGGAGGAGGCGUUGAGCAACGCGUCGGACCGGCGGCGCAGCGUCGUGGAGAAUUGUCGGAUUCUGAUCAAAGAGAUCACGAUAGGCUCUCUCGAGUAAGCCAAAGAAAAGCUAUUGCUCUCGCGAUACAGGUCGCCUCCUCCACUUGGUCUCCGUAGCUGAAGAAGAAAAGAAAAAGAAACGAUGCACGCACGUGCGUUGCAACAUUCGCCGAUUACAACAUCAUCAUGCGUCAAUAUCGAAGCGAGCUCCUGAAACGAGUCCCGGGAUCGCCGGCUGGAAAACGGCAGAAACGAGUAAUCCGCGGGUAGUAAGUAGCAGCGGUAUAACAAGAGGAAGCUCGCGAAGAAGAUCGAAACGCGGAACUGCCAGGGCUGACUUCUGAUCGUCGUCAACGAGGUAUCAAUGGCGCGUUCACGUGUCUUCCGUGGCGGUAACCAGUUCUAUGGAAA